CGAAUCCCCAUCUCGCGGUUUCAGAGCAUAACGGUAUCGUUGUUAACUGACAAUCCACGUCAUUCUUUAUCCAACCGGAACAAGGAUGAGCACCGUGCAUCGCCGCGAAGACCUUCAUCGGCGACGCCAUAGCUGGAUGGCGAACCGCUUCCUCUCCACCGGAAUGAUACGCAUAAGCUUCGUGUUCGGCGCACGAAGCCUAUGUACCUCCGCAGAUUCUGGCGGUUCAGCGUUCGCACACUAACACGAACUGAAGAACCUGAUCACGAAGCUGAAAUCGAAUCCAUUGCCGGUGCUUCACAAUUGGAUCGACCAUGGCAACGUGGUUCCACCCUCCAGAACGUUCCUCAAAUCCAAACGCUACCACCACACAUUUGAGGUUCGGUUUUCUUCUUCUUUUCUUCCAACUUUUGCUUCAAAAUUGUGUGCUAGUCAAUCGCGGCAAAUAGCGCCGCGACGGUGCUCCCCCGCUAUCGCGGCCGCUACGCUCCGCUCCGGGAGUGAAAACCCAGCUUUGCCCAUCCAUUUUUCUUUGCUAUUUCUUUUGCGUUAGAAACAUUUCUAGGGUUUGAGACCAUUUUUCUUUGCUAUUCCUUUUGCUCUGCGCCGUUUCUGUUUCAAACCUCUCUCUUGCAUGCUCCCUCCUCUAUUUUCACUCUGAACGCUUUUCUCUUCAAGGAGCACUGUAUUUUCAGCCCCUUUUGCAGCUGGGACACUAGGAUUAGUGUGUGUGUGACGCGAUUUCUGUGGCAAAGUCACUAUUGGCGGGGUUUCUAUAGGAAAAAGCUAGAUGUAUACAAUGGGGGGUUUCAAUGCUUGCGAGGAAGGUCUGCCGAAGUUGUGUAAGAAAGUUGCUGAGAAGAAGAUGAAGAAGAAGAUGGCUGAUGCUGAUGUGUGCACUGCUGGGUUGCUGCAAGAGUAUGAUGACGAAGAAGAAAUGCAGGCCAUUGUUAAUUUUGGAAGGCGAAAAAGAGCUGCGUGGUCAAGUGAUACUCCUGCGACUGUGUUUAAGGCCAAGAAAGGUAAAAGUGGGAAAGGCUUGACUGAUUCACUUCAGUUAGGAAAUGCCGAGAGGCAAACAAGUGUAGAUGAUGCUUGUGAGGAAGAAGCAAGGGCUAGGGUUAUGCAGUAUAUAGCUCGGUUUUUUUAUACGAAUGGAAUAGAUUUAAAUGUUGUGCGUUCAGAAAGCUUUAAAUUGAUGGUUGAAGCCAUUGGAAGCUAUGGUCCAAACCUAAAGGUUCCUAGCUAUCGUGAAUUGAGAGAUCCACUCUUUCAGAAGGAACUGAAGGAAACGAAGGAAAUGUUGAAGGGUCAUAUGGAAGAAUGGUCGAAAUUUGGAUGUUCAAUUAUGGUGGAUGCAUGGACAGAUAAGAAGAAUAGGACCUUGAUUAAUUUAAUGGUGAAUUGUUUGUUUGGAACCAUGUUUGUCAAGAGCGUUGAUGCUUCUGCAUAUAUGAAGACUGGGGAUAAGCUAUUUUUGUUGUUGGAUACUUUUGUAGAGGAGAUUGGGGAAAAGAACGUUGUUCAAGUGAUAACUGACAACAACAGCAAAUAUGAAUUGGCUGGUAAAUUGUUACAAGUUAAAAGAACAAAUCUUUAUUGGACUCCACGUGCUCCACGUAGUGUGGAUUUGAUGUUAGAAGACAUUGGAAGGAUUCCUCGAGUUAAAAGGACAAUACAAAGAGGUAUCUCUCUUGUAGGCUUUAUUUACAGCUACUCAUCAUCCUUCAACAUGGUGAGGAAGUUCACAAAAAAAAGGGAAUUAGUUAGGUAUGGAGUCACAAGGUUUGCUACAACAUUUCUUACAUUGCAAAGGUUGUACAAACAAAAAGACAACCUUAAAAAGAUGUUCAAUUCAGAUGAAUGGUUGAGCUCGAAUAGAUCUAAGGAUGCUAAGGGGAAAAGGGCAACAAACAUUGUGCUCAUGGCUAGAUUUUGGAAAGAUGUUGUUUAUUCUCUUAAAGCUAUGGGGCCUCUUGCACAUGUUCUUAGGGUUGUUUGUAAUGAAAAAAAUCCUGCAAUGGGUUAUAUAUAUCAAGUAAUGGAUAGGGCUAAGGAAGCUAUUCAACAAUCCUUCCAUGGAAAUGAAGUCGAAUACAAGGACAUUUUUGCCAUUAUUGACAAAAGAUGGGAAUGCCACCGUCACAAUCCAUUGCAUGCAGCAGGUUAUUUUCUUAACCCAAAGUUCUUCUAUGGCAAAUCACAAAUUAAAAAUGAUCCAGAAGUUAUGAUGGGACUUUAUAAAUGCAUGGAGAGGCUGAUACCAACAGAUGAAGGGGCUGAUAAGGUUACAAGUGAGUUGGCAGUAUAUAUGAGAGCUGAAGGAAUCUUUUCUUGCAAAUUGGCCAUAAGACAUAGGGUCACUUUGAAUCCUGCUGAGUGGUGGAGGAGGUAUGGAUUAUCUGCUCCUAAUUUGCAAGCGUUUGCCAUUAAAGUGUUGAGCUUGACUUGUCAUGCAUAUGGACGUGAGCGUAGUUGGAAUACUUUUGAGAAUAUUCAUUUUAAGAAGAGAAGCAAGCUUGAGCAGAAAAAGUUGGAAGACUUGGUCUUCAUUAAGUACAACCAAGAUCUAAAAGAAAGUGUUGACAAAUGUCACGUGACUGAUCCCAUUCUCUUGAAUGACAUUGAUUAUUGUAAUGAGUGGCUGGUGGGAGAAAUGAGUGAAGAUGGGGAAACUUAUAGAGAGGAGGAAGUGACACAUGAUGAAGAAAGUGAAGAGGAAGAGGAAGAGGAAGAUGAAGAGAUCUACAAGUAUAUCAAUGAUGAAAACUAUAAUGAUGAAGAGAGCUCAGAAGAUCUUGGAGAUAAUGAGUUGGAUUGAGGAAUGAGGAAUAAGGAGAAUUGUUGGUUAUGUUUGUUGUUCCAAGUGUUGAAUCUAUAUUUUAUGCCCUAGAGGCUUAAACAUGUUUAGGAUUUGGUGUUGUACUCUUUAUUUCGUUUUUCUUGUUGUGGUUAUUAUUUUUUGUUUUUAAUUGUGUCUUACAUUGAUGAUGAUUUUGCUUUAAAGUUUCAAGUUAUUAAUGGCGUGUCUUCAAUUGAAUACUUUGAGUAUUGAACA